AUGCGAUCGGAACUCUGUCGGAUUCCCCCACCGGAUCCGAAACUCUGUCAGAUUCUCCCACCAGAUCUGAAACUCUGUGGUUCGAAUCCCAGAAUCGGGAUGUCGGAAAAAGGUAGCGAAAAGGCCAGGGCCGCCGUCGGUUGGGUGUGCGCACCCAUCGCCGUGGAGUCGCAGCCCCUCAUUUUCCGGCCUCCACAAUCGUGGGUGAGUUUCCAGAGCGUCACGCUUGCAAAGGCGGGUGUCGUGGGGCUCCGCGGUCCUUCUGGGUCCCUGCGGUCCUUCGAGACCGAACGAAAGGCUCGACUCGAAGCACGGCUUCCACGCAUGACAUGGGUGGAGACUGAGAAAAGCGACAGAGACGGACAUCUCGGGUCUCACGGGGAAUGGGUGCUUCUUGCAUCGUCGCCGGGUCGCUUGCGGGGUGGAACGGGGGCAGAAAAGGUCCUUUUUUUGGGGGAGCUCGAAGGAGUGAAACCAGAAGUAAAUGUGGGAGGAAUGUCGUCCGCAGACCUGCCCAACGAGAAGCAGCAGGAGUUGCUGUUGUCAUGGCGACAACUCCACCUGAGCAAGGCCAAGUUGAAGGCUUCCAAUCGUACGUCUGCACUUCUUGCCGGGUUUGCCAUGGUGGCCAUGGUUGAAGUGAACCUGACAAAAGACAUUCCCAAUGGGCUUCUGGUGGGCUUUGCCGUGUGCACGACCCUCUUGGUUGCCGUACACAUGCUGGCACUCAUGAUCAGCACGUGCAUCUUACCCAACGUCGAGGCCAUCGGAAACAUGAACACCCUCGGUGCCGUCAGCGAGUCCCCGCACCGAAAGCUGCACUGGUACAUCGAGACGGCAUGGGCGUUCUCCACCGUCCUCGGGAUCCUCCUCUUCCUCUGCGAGAUCGGGAUCCUCUCGUGGGUCGUCUUCUAUAACUUCUCUCACACGGCCGCAUGGGUCACCAGCAUCCUCCUCAUCCCCAUCCUUGCCGUUUUUGUCAUGUUCACCCUCCACUUCUACCGGCAGCUGGUCGCCCACAAGUAUGAGAACACCGAAUCGGUGAUUCGAGAACUCGAAGAUCUCCACAGUCAGCUGGAGGCUCAUACCAUGAUGAAGAGCAGUAGCAGUGGGACCAUCCAUACUGCUGUCAACAUUGUUUGAGGUUGUGCAUCUGAAUUUAUAGACCAGACUUAUAUAUGAAAUGGCUGCUUCUUGUUUCAUUUCUUUCUCUUUAGCAAGACAUGUCUCUGAAUUUUUAAUAUUUUAUUACCUAUUUUUCACAUGAGUUUUUCUAGGGAUGAUCCCAAGUGACAUUGUGACUGUCUUCAAAGAGCACCUAUGCAUUUUUUGGUCUUUUGGCUUGUUCCCAUCCUCCAAGUGAUAAAAUGCAAAGUAUUGGAAAUAUUUAUGGCCAUUUGAGAGAUUCUUGGAUGGGAAUGUGUCCUGGAAUCUGGUCUCAUGUCCUUGAAAUACAACCUGUGAUAUGUGCUUCCAGAUUAUGUUUCUGUCUGGGUUUGGGGGUGGCAGUUCAGUGGGGGGGUGAUAAUUGUUCCCCCUACUUUCCUUGGUAUUGGGG